AUGAGCGAACUCCUGCUGCGCAGCCCCCCCGACGGUGAAGACCCCCCGGAGGCAGCAGCAGCUUCGAGGUCACCUGUGGGGGAGGGGCCCCCCCCGGCCGCAGAGGGCCCCCCCAGCCGCCGCGGCAGCAGCAGCAGCAGCAGCAGCUUGGGGGGCCCCUUCUCUGCUGCUCCUGCUUUGCUGCUGAGCUCUCAGUCUUCAGCGCUGCAGAGUCUCCUUUCAACUCGAGAGCCUUCGGGGCCGCUGCCGCCCUCAACUCCUCCUGCUGCGCUGCUUCCACUUGCUGCAGCAGACAGCAGCAGCAGCAGCAGCAGCGGGAACGGCGGCGGCAGCAGCAGCGGCAGCAGCGGCAGAAGAGCCAACGGCAACGGCGGCAGCAGCAGCGCAGCAGCUGCGGAUUGGACCGCAGCGGAGCAGCAGGAAGGCGAGGGGGAGGAGCAGCAGCAAGGACUGCAGCAGCAGCAGCUGCUGCAGCAGCAAGAGCUGACGUUUAGCAGCUUCGGCCAGCCCCUCAGCUCGCGCACAAGUUCUUUGUCCCGCAGCAGAACUGCAGCAGGAAGCAGCAGCAGCACAGCAGCGGAGAUCGAGACCCACAGUAGCAGCAGCACCACGUACAGCAGCAGCAGCAGCACCAGCAGCAGCAGCAGCAGCAGCGGCUGGCUGCCUGUAGAACAAGAGCCUUCUGCGUCUUUCACUGCAGCAGGGCCUUUAGGUUUCGGUCCUGCUGCUGCUGCCUCUUUGGUUGGCGCUGCAGCAUUUCCCGCUGCAGCUGCUGCUGCGGCUCCCCCGCCGCCCCUUGCUGCUGCUGCUGCUGCUGCUGCCACAGAGGGCCCAAGGGGCCUCCGUGCUGCUGUUCGGGGGGGCCUCGAGCGGCUUUUGCGGAUGUCAUCUUUUAGGCGAGAGGCUGAGGGGCCCCCCAGCAGCUACUCGUGUGCUGCUGCUGCUGCUGCAGCAGCAGCUGCUGCUGCUGCUGAGGGAGCAGCAGCAGGCCGCAGCAGCAGGGCCGCGCUGCCGCUGGCGCAGUACCCGCUGCAGCUUGGGGUGUAUGGACAGCAGCAGCAGCAGCAAGAGGCGCCUUACGGAGCUGCGAAUGCAGACUCAAGGGCCCACUGGGUGCUGCUGCUGGAGCUGCAGCGCGUGCGCAGCGACUUGGCGCUGCUGCAGCAGCAGCAGCAGCAGCAGCAGCAGCCUUCCAUUGUCAUUCAAAACAACACAGCAGUUUCAGCAAAGGCGGAGGGCGGGGCCCCGCUGCAGCAGCAAAAUGGCGGCAGCUGGGUGCCGCAGUGCGUCACCCUGUAA